AUGGAAGGCUCGACCACUUCUCCCACCCCGCCCGGCAAUCAGCUGGUCACAGAAGACCUGGACCAGGGCGUGAUCAUACACUUCUGCCCGUCCUUCCUGAGCGCCGACGAGGCCACCGCGCUCUUCGAGCACAUCGUGGCCGCCGUAGCGUGGGAGCAAAGCGAAAUGACCCUCCCCGACGGCUCCAAGGCCCGGCUGCCCCGCUUGCAGGGCUGGAUGUCCACCGAGAACAAGAAGGUGUCCACCCUGUACCAGAAGUCGCCCCCCACGGUGUGGACGGAGCCAGUGCUCAAGGUGAAGAGCGCGAUCGAGGCCGCACUGGGAAAACGGUGCACCUUCGACUACGUGCUCAUCAACCUCUACCGCGACGGCGAGGACUCGAUCGGCUUUCACAUCGAUGACGAGGCCCGCGGCGUGAACGAGACGUACGGACCCAAGAACAUUGUGGCCUCGCUGUCUCUGGGGGAAACCCGGACCUUCGUCCUGCGCCACAGCCGCAAGAAGAGGCUGCAGAGGCGGUACGCCCUCACUCCGGGCAGUCUCAUCGUAAUGGACGGCACCACCCAGGAGUUCUGGCGGCACGGCGUCCCCAAGGAGCCAGAGGUGAAGGGUCCUCGGAUCAACCUCACCUUCCGGGUGUCAUAA